AUGGUGCCUACCGUGUCAAACAUCCCAAUAAUUGACCUUGAGCCAGCGCGCACUGGAGGCCCGGAAGAUGUGGCCAUAGUCGCCCACGAGGUGUAUCAGGCUUUCAAGCACGUUGGAUUUGCAUAUAUCAAGAAUCACGGUGUAGCUCAAGACCUUGUCGACGAGGCAUUCACCUGGAGUUCGAAAUUCUUCGCCCUGCCUGACUCGGAGAAGAACAAAGCACCUCACCCACCAGAAGGCUGGUACCACCGCGGAUACAGCGGGAUCGGGCGAGAGAAGGUCGUCCAGAUGGUCUUCGACUCCGACGGUAUCGCAGAACGCCGCAAAACCCCUGACGUGAAGGAGUCUUUUGAACUAGGCAACGAGAAUGACGAGCGGAUGCGCAAUAUCUGGAUCCCGGAGGAAUCCCUCCCAGGGUUUCGAGGCUUCUUUGCAAAAUUCUUCACUACAUGCUCUGGCCUUGAAACACUAAUGCUGAGACUGACUGCGACUGGGAUGGGUCUCGACGAAGCAUUCUUCUUGGAUUACCAUAAAGACCGCACGAACCAGUGUCGACUCCUGCAUUAUCCACCUGUGGAAGAAGAGCUACUGCUGCACGGCAAGGCUGAGCGCAUCGCCGCACACACCGACUUUGCAACGAUGACAAUCCUCUUUCAAGACGCCGUCGGUGGGCUCGAAGUCGAGGAUAUACAUGAAAAGGGCAAAUUCAACCCCGCGCCGUACAUUCCCGGCACGGCGGUGGUGAAUAUCGGCGACCUUCUGAUGCGGUGGAGCAACCACGAGUUGAAGUCCACAAUGCACCGCGUGCGCGCACCGCCGCUCGUCAAUGCUGAUGAACUUGGUGAAGGAUCAGGACUAGAUGGUAGCGGCCAGGGCCGGAUUACGAAACCUCGGUAUUCGAUUCCGUAUUUUAUCAGUCCGGAUAGGGAUCGAGUGAUUGAAUGUCUGCCGAAUUGUCAUGGAGACGGCCGGCCGAAGAUGUACGAGCCGAUUACUAGUAGUGAUUAUAUUGCGAUGCGGAUGAACGCGACAUACUGA